CCUUUGCCUCGCUCCCCAUGCGCGCAUGCAGGCGAUCCCACAGUCCCACCAACACCAACUCUAUAGCAUCUCUCGCCGAGCCACACCGCCUGGGGAGUAUUCGCAUCCAGCACAGCUCGGUAUAGUUUCCGUCACAGCUGGCUGAACGGGAUCGUUUCUCGUUGCCCUUAUAUGAGCGCUAUGACUUUUAAUUGUGAGCGCACGCGUGCUACGUGACAGUAUCGGAAGUAGUAUCAGGAAGCAGGGGGGCUGGCCGUUCGCCUGGUGCCCAGCGUGCAGCGCGGGCGCAUGGAGGGGUAUCCUGCUUCGCGCCACCACCUGCACGCGCCUUCGCACAUUGAAACCGCCUUGCGCUUCCCCGCUCCUUCAAACCUGCAAUGGCGGCCGUUCGUCCCGCCGUCUCGCUAUCAGCUUCUCCGUCACUCUGUAUCGCUACGGCCGCAGCGGUUACCCGGUCGGCAGAGCGCGAGCCUCGCGUGGAGCGGCGGCCACCUCAGCCGCUUCAUCGGCGCUGCGAGCAGCGGGGACGUCAAUGGAAUUGCGCCAAACGAGGCAGAUAAUGUCGGGGAUAAGGCUGGAGGGGUGCGCGAGAAGGCGGAGAGCGCGGAGCUGGCGGACAUCCUGGCGCGCGUGCACGAGGAGAUGGCGGAGGCCACCCGCGCCAAGUUGGACGGGCGCGCGGCGAUCAUGCGGAGCAUGGGGAGCGAGGGCAAGGCGGCGCAGGAACCGGGGGAGCAGCUGCUGCUGGAGCUGCUGCAGGCGGAGGAGCAGCGGCGGACGGGGGCGCAGGGGGGGGCGGAGGCGGAAGAUGAGGCGGAGGCGGAGCAAGGGCCAUGGGAGGAAAUCGCGACCGAACAAGGCGGAAAGGAAUACAGCAGCCUGCCCGUGCCCUUCUCCGCGCUUUCCACUGGCUCGCUUGCGGACCUUCCCGCCGCCACUGCAGCACCCGCUGCUGCCGGCGGCGAUGGGGGGAGUGAUGGGGAGAGAGAUGGGGGGGGUGAUGAGGGGAGUGAGGACGCGCGUCGAAGCGAGACACGGCAGGAGCAGGGGGAGGGAGAGGGGGAGGGCGGAGGGGCGGGGGAGCAGGAGGUGCCGGAGGGGUCGGUGGUGCGGGAGCAGCUGGGGGGCAGGCCGGAGCUGUGGCGCGGCGUGCACGUGGCAGGGGCCAAGUGGGAGGGGGCGGGAGUAGGGGGAGGGGACAGGUCAGGGGGAGAGGGAGGGAGCGGGGAGGGGGCGGGGGUUGGUGAGAGCGGGGGAGCGGGCAGCGGGUCGUAUCUGCAGGCGCGGCAGCUGCUGUCGAGCAUGGCGAAGAGCAUGGAGCAGCUGGAGAGCGGACUCACCGCCCGACACAAGGAGAUGGGCGAGUCGACGCACUUCAUCCGCGGCAUUCGCACCAGCGACCCCGCUGCUGGCCAGGGCGCGGUGGUGCGGCGAGCGGAGGAGAUGGUGGCGCGCAUGCAGCAGCAGUUCAAGGCCAUGGAGACGGAGGCCGCGCAGAAGGACUCCGUGCUCGAGAGGCUGCUGGCGCAUGCCAAGUCCACCAAGAAGCAACUGCGGGCGGUGGAGGAGCGGUCGCGUGUGGAGAAGGACGAGCUCAGGCAGCAGAUGACCCACCAGCAGCAGCGCAUGCAGCAGGAGCUGGAGGGGGCGGCGGGGCGGGAGGAGAGGAUGCGGCGGCAGCUGAUGGAGGCGCAGGAGGGCAUAGCGCACCGCGACGCCUUCCUGCAGCAGCUGCAGGAGGAGGCCGCGCUCUCCGCCUCUGCGCUCAAACAGGCCGCGCGGGCGAUGGUGGCGGCGCGCGACCGCACGCUGCGCAUCGAGGAGCAGCUGGAGUCGAUGGGCGACCAGCUGGCCAAGGAGCGCGCCAAGACGAGGCGAGAGAGGGAGAACACCGCACGCGUCACUGCCGAGCUGGCGGAGGCGCGCAUGGUGGCGGAGGAGAUGGCGGGGCGCGUGGGGCGGCUGGAGGGCGACCUGCUUGAGCGCGACCGCGCGGUGGAGCGCACGCAGCAGGAGGCGGACGCCGUCAGGGCGCAGCUCGCAGCCACACAGCAGGCGCUGGAGGAGGCGGCGCGGCAGGCGGAGGAGGCGGAGGCGCGGAGGCAGCAGGCGGAGGCGGCGGUGGGACAGGAGAGGGCGGCGGCGGCAGCAGCGUUGGAGGCGCAGGCGAGCGCGGAGGAGAGGCUGAGAGAGGCAGAGGGUCGUGUGCAGCAGCUGGCCCUGGAGGUGACCUCGCUCAAGGGCGUGGUGGAGGAGAAGGACUCGCUGAUGGCGGCCGUGAAGGACGAGACGAUGCGCAAUGCAGACAUGCUGCUCGCCGCCGCCACCACACGCAAGGAGCUGGCGGGCGCGGAGGCGCGCAUAUUGGCGCUGCAGGGCGCGGUGGCGGGGCUGGAGGCGGAGGUGCGGCAGCAGGACCAGCUGCUCAACGACAUCCGCGCGGACGCCGUCUCCAGCGCCGAUGCCCUGCGCACCGCCGCCCAGAUCAACCAGGACCUGAAUGCGGCUCGGGAGCGCGAGGCAGAGCUGGUGGAGGAGCUGGAGCAGCGCGAGGCGGAGAUCGAGGGCCUGCGGCGCGACACCACUGAGAACAUCCGCGCCCAGCGCGCAGAGCUGGCGCUGCGCGAGGCGGAGCGGCGGGCGCGGGAGCUGGAGAUGGAGCGGGAGUCGCUGCGGCGGGGCGUGGCGAAGAGGGACCAGGCGCUGGGCCUCAUGAAGCGCGAGCUGGAGCGCAGCGCCCACAUGCUCUCCGCUGCUGCUGACACGCGCCAGGCGCUGCGGAGCAUGAAGGAGCAGAUGGACUGGAUGCAGGAGGAGGCGCGCGCCAAGGAGCAGCGCCUGGCAGCACUGCAGGAGGAGUUCGUCUCCGCACUCAAAGGCACCACCUUCCCUUCCCUGGAUAAGAGCAUGCUAAAGCGAAGGAAGCUGCCACCGCAAGGAAAGUCUAAUGAAGACUCAUGACCUUGGAAGUGAUGUAUGUAGGCUAGUUAGUCACCCCUAUUAGGGAAAUACAGGGUUUUGUCAACAACAAUCAAUGUGUAUUAUCUUGUCCCGUUGCAAUUGAGCAACAUGCAUGUACUUGACUCUGGAGAGUAUCGGGGGGCCUUGGCGGGGAUGCCGAUUGUUUGGUGCGGCGUUCCCAUCGUUUCAUAACCACUUGUUUCAUCUCUCUUCCUUGACCUAUUUAUUACCCUAU